CCGGUGACUGUGGCAAUCUGUCAUUUGUGCAGGAGAGUGAAAACUGUGGGAAAAUCCCGAGUAUAUGUGUAAUAGUGAAGAAAUUACAUUGAAUUGCAUUAUGAGGUAGACGCAAUAAAAGGGACGUGAUUUGAUUAAGUGAUUAGCAUCGAAUUUAAAGCAGCCUGCGAGUGGAGAGACUGAAGAUUGUGACUUUGUGAGGCAUUUUCCUUUGGCUCUGUCGCUUUUUUUGCUCUGCAUUUUCCAACUCUACAAUUAACUUGGCAUUUGAUAUUGAAUGGGAAUUUGCUGUGUUGCUCAGUGGCACAAUUUUGCCGGCAUAAUUUAAUUAGAUUGUCAUGAAUGAAUUCAGAGAGUGAAGCAUCGGAAAAUUGUGUCGUUUUUCUCUCAUUUGUUUGUUAUAUGCAUUAUCGAUUUUCCCGGCUACCUGCCCUCAGACAGCAACACAGUGCACACAGUUUUCCGUGUGGUUGUGCGAACUGCGAUGGAAUACUGUUGCAUACGUGAAGGGAAAACAGGGCCAAAAUGAAGUAGAAUUCAGUAAAAAAAAAAAGUAAAAGAGAUGUGAGCGGAUUUUCCUGUAAAAAUGCAAUCAAUGACGGAAAAUGUCUGAGGCAAUGCUAAAUCAGUCGGGGCAGCAAAAUCAAUCUGACGAAUUGAAUUUCACCGCUUUCACUGAUCUCUGUCGCUUCUGUUCGCUGAAGAAUGGCCCAAAGCUGCACCUGUUCGACAAAGAGGCCGAGCAGCGGCAGAUCAUCUUCAAAAUACGCUCUCUUUUGCCAGUGGUGAUCAGCAAGGAGGAUUUCUUGCCAAAGAAAAUCUGUGAGCUUUGCGUCAAUCGUCUGGAGACGCUGUUCGAGUGGCGCGCGAAUUGCGUGCAAACUGACGUGGUGCUGCGAAACUAUGCGGAAUCUAUGAGAGCGGUAACUGCUACUAUCAACUUUCAGGAUGGCCAAGUGAACAUUGACAAGAUGUCCUCGGCGCAGAAGAAUGCCUAUCUGGAGGCCCACAUGGCGGUGCAGCAGCACAUGGCCCAGGCUGCGGCCAUGCAGCUCAAGCAGCAAGUCCUGUCGCGACCCGGCCAUGGCGCCGACAACACGGGCAACAGCCAGCAGCCGCAGCAGCCCGGACAAACGCAACACUCGCCGUCGAAUGUGACGUCGUCGCAUCACUACGGCAGCACAAUAAAGGUUCCGCAAAUUAGCUCCUCGAGUUCCGGCGGUGCCGACAGCACAUUCACAGUGCCCGAUGACGUGGGAAUGGGCUACGAAGGAGGGGUGCGAGUUCUGCAGAGUCUAGGCAAUUGGACGCCUGACAUUCCUCCCAAUGUGCCACGUCCGAACUUGAUACCCUUCACGGAGCCGUACGUCGAGGGGGGCUCGAUGCACCCCGCGAGCCGCCUGAAGGCUCUGCAGCAAGUGCAACAAGCGUCAAGUGGUAUUAGAAAGACGAACCCAUCAUCCAAAAGUACUAGCACUGGCGACACGAGUCACAAGGCGUUCGAGUGCUCGGUGUGCGGAAAGGGAUUGGCCAGAAAAGAUAAAUUAACAAUUCACAUGCGUAUACACACGGGAGAAAAACCUUACAUUUGUGAAGUGUGCAAUAAGGCGUUCGCCAGGCGAGAUAAGCUUGUGAUCCACAUGAAUAAGUUUAAGCAUGUCACCCCGACCAACAUUGCACCGCUGGGGAAGCGCCACAACAACUUGACGGUGAAGAAGAAGGAGGAGAACAACGAGAACACCAAACAGUCCGCCAUCGAUCACCAGAGCCUGGCGCAGCAGACCACUCAGGCCGUGGGCCACAGCAUGGUGCCGCCACAGCAGCCGCAUCCGCAGACCAGCGCCCCAAUUCCGGGCGUCCCGCUGCCGCACCACCACCAGCAGCAGCUGUCGUGGACCUGCGAGCUGUGCGGCCGCAUGUUCUCCACCAGAGACGAGUGGUCGUUGCACGCCAAGAGUCACUUAGAGUAUUGACAUCAGGAAAAGGCAAACGGUGUGAUGGCGCAGCAUAGCAAUGGCUCAGGUUUGGGAGCAGCUCUUCUGUCGCAGCAGCGUCGAGCUCACGGCGCUCAUCAGCCAGCCUCAAGCGGCGCCUUAAGCGGCUGCCCAGCGAGUAGUAAAUCACUGGCCGCUCCGCAAUUUCUCCACUCGUCAGCCGGCAGCGCGGCCGAUCCAAAUGAGCGUCAAUGGCAUCUCGGUCAGUGCGCGAUGCUCGCCAACUCCACACUCCAGCAUCAUCAGUACGCCAGCAGCGCGUUCUCCACGGCACAGAUCUCGGCAUUCAGCACCCAGUGAGCAUCCUUCCAGGACUCAUCCUGUACAUAACCCGGAGGCGACAGCUCAACUCUCAAUUCUAAAGGCAAAGAAAUCAACCAAUGAAUUAAAUUCAGUCAAAUAUAACUUUGUAUGGAAGCAUUUGUAUGAAAACCACGAUUUCACGAGUAUAUGAAUUCAGAUUUUUUCUAUGAACAUGCAAAAGAUAUUUUGCAAUUUCGAUGUAGAUAUGAUUUGUUGAUUUUCACUGAAGAAGAUAACAAGUGUAAUGAUCAAAUAUUAAUCAUGAUGAAGAAUUAUGGUCGUGUAUAAAAAUAAA